AUGGCUAGAAACAAAGAAAAGAAGCAGAACAAGUUCUUUCACUUCAUGACAGCACCAAUAAGAAUUCUGACUUUUGUUUGUGCUAAAAGGAUUGAUCAAGAUCGCGUUGUACAGCCUCAGUUGUGCAAGGACUCAGGUGUCAACUUGUCUAAGGAAAGUGAUAAUAGAGAUAUCAUGGAACUUAUUCGACAGGCAUCUGCCAGAAAAGGCGGUGGCGUAAGGGUCGAUGUUGAUAGCAACGGGAAUUUAGUGUUGAAAAAGCCGCCAGUCGAGGUGGCAGAGAGGAGUUACAGUAUAGGGGUGGGAAGAAUAGGAAGAAUAGAUGAGGAGGUGCCUUGUGAUUUUAGAGAAUCGGAUGUUAACAAGUAUUUAUAUAGGAAAUGUCCAAGUUAUGUUAUCUCAAAAGGGAAUGCUUUAUAUUAA